AUUUUUAUUACAAGUGAAGGUUUCUGCUUUGGGGCAGCCACACAGCUAAUUCCCUGAAGUAGUUGUAUGUGUCACACUGUACACAAUCAGAAGAACAAUGCCUCCCAGGCCAUCAUCAGGAGAGCUGUGGGGCAUCCACUUGAUGCCCCCAAGAAUCUUAGUAGAAUGUUUACUACCAAAUGGAAUGAUAGUGACUUUAGAAUGCCUCCGUGAGGCUACAUUAAUAACUAUAAAGCAUGAACUAUUUAAAGAAGCAAGAAAAUAUCCUCUCCAUCAACUUCUUCAGGAUGAAUCUUCUUACAUUUUCGUAAGUGUUACCCAAGAAGCAGAAAGGGAAGAAUUUUUUGAUGAAACAAGACGACUUUGUGACCUUCGGCUUUUUCAACCCUUUUUAAAAGUAAUUGAACCCGUAGGAAACCGUGAAGAAAAGAUCCUCAAUCGAGAAAUUGGUUUUGCCAUUGGCAUGCCAGUGUGUGAAUUUGACAUGGUUAAAGAUCCAGAAGUACAGGACUUCCGGAGAAAUAUUCUGAAUGUUUGUAAAGAAGCUGUGGAUCUUCGAGAUCUUAAUUCUCCUCAUAGUAGAGCAAUGUAUGUCUAUCCUCCAAAUGUAGAAUCUUCACCAGAAUUGCCAAAACACAUAUAUAAUAAAUUAGACAAAGGGCAAAUCAUAGUGGUGAUUUGGGUAAUCGUUUCUCCAAACAAUGAUAAGCAGAAGUAUACGCUGAAAAUCAGCCAUGACUGCGUGCCAGAACAGGUGAUUGCCGAAGCAAUCAGGAAAAAGACUCGCAGUAUGUUGCUGUCAUCUGAGCAAUUAAAGCUCUGUGUUUUAGAAUAUCAGGGCAAGUAUAUUUUAAAAGUAUGUGGAUGUGAUGAAUACUUCCUAGAAAAAUAUCCUCUGAGUCAGUAUAAGUAUAUACGAAGCUGUAUAAUGCUUGGAAGGAUGCCCAAUUUGAUGCUGAUGGCUAAAGAAAGCCUCUACUCCCAGCUGCCAAUGGACUGUUUCACAAUGCCAUCUUAUUCCCGACGCAUUUCCACAGCGACACCGUAUAUGAAUGGGGAAACAUCAACAAAAUCCCUUUGGGUUAUCAAUAGUGCACUAAGAAUAAAAAUUCUUUGUGCAACCUAUGUGAAUGUAAAUAUUCGAGAUAUUGACAAGAUCUAUGUUCGAACAGGUAUCUACCAUGGAGGAGAACCUUUAUGUGACAAUGUAAACACUCAAAGAGUACCUUGUUCCAAUCCCAGGUGGAAUGAAUGGCUGAAUUAUGACAUAUACAUUCCCGAUCUCCCCCGCGCUGCCCGGCUUUGCCUUUCCAUUUGUUCGGUGAAAGGCCGCAAGGGCGCGAAGGAGGAACACUGUCCAUUGGCCUGGGGAAAUAUAAACCUGUUUGAUUACACAGAUACUCUCGUAUCUGGAAAAAUGGCUCUGAAUCUUUGGUCAGUACCUCAUGGAUUAGAAGAUUUACUGAACCCUAUUGGUGUUACUGGAUCAAACCCAAAUAAGGAAACUCCAUGCUUAGAACUGGAGUUUGACUGGUUCAGCAGUGUGGUAAAGUUUCCAGAUAUGUCUGUGAUUGAAGAGCAUGCCAAUUGGUCUGUGUCCCGAGAAGCAGGAUUUAAUUACUCCCAUGCAGGACUGAGUAACAGACUAGCUAGAGACAAUGAAUUAAGAGAAAAUGACAAAGAACAGCUUCGAGCAAUUUGUACACGAGAUCCUCUAUCUGAAAUCACUGAGCAAGAAAAAGAUUUUCUGUGGAGCCAUAGACACUAUUGUGUAACUAUCCCUGAAAUUCUGCCCAAAUUGCUCCUGUCUGUUAAAUGGAAUUCUAGAGAUGAAGUAGCCCAGAUGUACUGCUUGGUGAAAGACUGGCCUCCGAUCAAGCCUGAACAGGCCAUGGAACUGCUGGACUGUAAUUACCCAGACCCCAUGGUUCGAGGUUUUGCUGUGCGCUGUUUGGAAAAAUAUUUAACAGAUGACAAGCUUUCUCAGUACCUAAUUCAGCUAGUGCAGGUCCUAAAAUAUGAACAAUAUUUGGAUAACCUGCUUGUGAGGUUUUUACUUAAGAAAGCUUUGACUAAUCAAAGGAUUGGACACUUUUUCUUUUGGCAUUUGAAAUCUGAGAUGCACAAUAAAACAGUAAGUCAGAGGUUUGGCCUGCUUCUGGAGUCCUAUUGCCGUGCCUGUGGGAUGUACUUGAAGCACCUGAACAGACAAGUCGAGGCUAUGGAGAAGCUCAUUAACUUAACAGACAUCCUCAAGCAGGAGAAGAAGGAUGAAACACAAAAGGUACAAAUGAAGUUUUUAGUUGAGCAAAUGAGGCGACCCGAUUUCAUGGAUGCUCUACAGGGCUUUCUCUCACCUCUGAACCCUGCUCACCAACUCGGAAAUCUCAGGCUCGAAGAGUGUCGGAUUAUGUCCUCGGCAAAAAGGCCGCUGUGGUUGAAUUGGGAGAACCCAGACAUCAUGUCCGAGUUGCUGUUUCAGAACAAUGAGAUCAUCUUUAAAAAUGGGGAUGAUUUGCGGCAAGAUAUGUUAACACUUCAAAUUAUUCGCAUAAUGGAAAAUAUCUGGCAAAAUCAAGGUCUUGAUCUUCGGAUGUUACCUUAUGGUUGUCUGUCAAUCGGUGACUGUGUGGGACUUAUUGAGGUGGUGAGAAAUUCUCACACUAUUAUGCAGAUUCAGUGCAAAGGAGGCCUGAAAGGCGCACUCCAGUUCAACAGCCACACGCUGCACCAGUGGCUCAGAGACAAGAACAAAGGAGAGAUAUAUGAUGCCGCCAUUGACUUGUUUACACGUUCGUGUGCUGGAUAUUGUGUCGCCACCUUCAUUUUGGGAAUUGGAGAUCGUCACAAUAGUAACAUCAUGGUUAAAGAUGAUGGACAACUGUUUCAUAUAGAUUUUGGACACUUUUUGGAUCACAAGAAGAAAAAAUUUGGCUACAAACGAGAACGUGUACCAUUUGUUUUAACACAAGAUUUCUUGAUAGUCAUUAGUAAAGGAGCCCAAGAAUGCACAAAAACAAGAGAAUUUGAAAGGUUUCAGGAGAUGUGUUACAAGGCUUACCUAGCUAUUCGGCAGCAUGCCAAUCUCUUCAUAAACCUCUUCUCAAUGAUGCUUGGCUCUGGAAUGCCUGAGCUACAAUCCUUUGAUGAUAUUGCAUACAUUCGAAAGACCCUAGCCUUGGAUAAAACUGAGCAGGAGGCUUUGGAAUAUUUCAUGAAACAAAUGAAUGACGCACAUCAUGGCGGCUGGACAACAAAAAUGGAUUGGAUCUUCCACACAAUUAAGCAACAUGCUUUGAACUGAAGUGAGAACUGAGAAACUGAACAUCCAGUUGCUGGAUUCUGCACUGCACUGUUAAAAACUAUCAGCAGGCAAAGAUUGGUUGCAUAGGAAUUGCACAAUCCAUGACCCAUUACAAUUUACAACAAGAACAAAAAUAAAAUAUUAUCUAAUUUAAAUAAUGUAAACGCAAACAGGGUUUGAUAGCACUAAACUAGUUGACUUCAAAAUUAAGCUUUAGAAUAAUGCGCAAUUUUAUGUAAUGCCUUAAAGUCCCAAAAGGUAAACUUUGAAGAUUGUUUGUAUCCUUUUUUAAAAAACAAAGCAAAACAAAAAAAUCCCCAAAAUAUAUAGAAAUGAUGGAGAAGGAAAAAGAAUGAUCUUUUUUGUCCUGCAUACGGUCUAUGUUUUAAUGUGGAUGCAACAAAGUCAAUUAAUACACUAGGUCUAAGUAAACGGAAGAUUGAUGUCAGAUUACAUACAAUUGGAAAAGAAUGAAAAAUCAUUUUUCCAUGGCUGCUCGAUUUAUAAUUUGAAGUGAGUUUUUUGUUUGUUUGUUUUACUCCUUGUUUAAUGAAGGAAAAUACUUGGUGUGAAAAAAACUCAUAAGAUUUCACUAGAAAGUGUUUCCUUUUUCAUAAAUUACGCCUUUUAAUGAUUUGGGGUCUGAACCGCAGAGUAUUGGAAGCAGUCACAAAUGAGAACCUGCUCUAAGGUGUGUGCAGGCACGUUUUUCUGGACAGAAUUUACAAGCAUCUGCUCUUACUUCCCCAGAGAAAUUCUGGGCCUCACCCCAAAACAUACAAACAAACAAGUCAGAGAAGGAGCGGGAAUAGUUCUUGCUCCAUAUUGUACAGUAUUCACCGUAAGUUGAUUUUCUUUAUUUCCUACUUUUUCAAUCGAACUGAAUUCAUUUUCAUGCAUGUUUUCCAGAAAAUAGAAGUGAGUAUUAAUGUUAUUAAAAAGAUUAUUUUUUUUAUAAAAGACUAUUUAUAUUAUAGAAACUAUCAGUAAUAUAUAUUCUUUAUUUACACGAUCUGUCCCAUAGUCAUGCAUUGUCUUGCACCCCACAUUUUUUGUUCGUAACACCACGAUCAGUUUUCAGUCUGAGAGUGAGACUCGGGCUCUGUGCUGUUCAGACCAGUGACCAGUAGAUACCUAACUGCAUCAGGAAGACAGACUAAACGUCAUCUCUGCCUGUCCCUCCUUUCUGUUGUCACAUCAACUCCUCACCCUCCAUCCUCUUCCCGAGCUGAGAAUGGCUGAAUCAUCCGAAAUGAAUUAAACUGUCUGCCUGGUUGCUUAAAGCCUUCUACUGAGGUAUACUCAUGACUAAUACUUUAUAACAUGGUGGAAUAUAAACCAAGAACCUUUUUUUUAACCUUUUAACCAAUCUAUCCAUGUCUCGAUGAUAGCGCAUUGUACAGCAUUGUAGGAUGAUGUCUCAGUUCUCUGUGCUUAGGGAUCAAUCUCCACUUGUAUUACAUUGCAUUUGAACACAGGACACAAUCUUAAACAUUGUGAAAAACAUUAACCCAAGAUAUAGGGGCUAAUGUUAGUCACCACUCUAGAAAUGUUAUUUUAUUAGUGUUUGAAGUGAAUGCUUAAUGCCCUAGGGAAUAGCUUUAGCAAAUGUCCAGGUGCCACACCAAGAAAUGUGCAAUAAUUUACUUAGAGUUUUCUAGAUUAGUCAUAUUAUUGGAGGGCAACUUUAUAAAGAAUGCACAUCGUAUUCUCUAGUAACAGUAUCACUUUUAAAAUAUCCAUUUAUGAAAUUAGUGGCCUAUAGUAGAAGUCUUGAAUAAAGAACAAGGGACUCUAAGACAAAUACUUUUCAUUAUAUUUGGCUCUUUUAGAACCCAUACAGGGCAUGCUUAUUGGAGCCUUAGGUUUGUCACUAAAGCAUGUACAUAAUGUUGCCAACGAGAAAAAUAAAUCUGAAAAUUAGGGAAAUUUAUAUUGUAAACUAUCUUGAAAGAGUUCAGAAAUUUUUUUUUCAGAAAUUUUUAAGCUCUGUUUUAAGCAGGAACCAGAUAGAUUGUUUUGCAGAUACAGACAACUUAAUAGCUUAUGAAAACUUCAUAAUUCAUGUUUUUAUCUUUUAGAUAUAGGUAACUAAAACAUACUAAUAUCCCAGUCUUUUUUCUAUCAGGGAUUGAUUCGAGGGAAGAAAACUACGUGAAAUCUAAAGCUUUGCUGGUGGAAACUAAAGACGUCACAGAGAUCUGGGUUUUAUUGAACACUGAAAAAAAGCUUUGAGUCUCCUUCCAUAAAACUUAGAAAAGUGUGUGUUGUUCACAACAGUCCGGAUAGUUGUUUGUUUGUUUGCCCCUGGGACCUCUCCAUUCAAACGUAAGCCACAUAACAUUUCAUAAUGUACAUUUAUUUUUUCAAGUGUCAUUACAACCAAAUUCUGUUUGAGGAAGCAUCGACAAAUUUUCUAAUGAAUAUGGGUUAAAUAAUCUAAAAGCAACGCGAAUUUUAAAUAAACUGAAGCUGAGUUUAAGCAAACAUUAAAAAUAAAAAGACACACAAGAAGCAAGGAACCCAAACCUGAACUGUGUGCUACAUGGGUUGACUAGUCUGUGUGAGGCAGUGGUAACAUAGCUGCUUCCGGUACAUGAGUUCUCAGGACCAAUCCUCCGGGGUUGGUCCAUUCCUGUGACCAGCUACCCUAUUCCUUUUAUGUGGUAUAACUGAUUAUUGGCUCUAAAAAGUCAUUAUAUCUUCAAGAAAUAAUUCCUUCGGGGAUUAUUUUGAUAGAGGAAAAAAAAGGAGAGCAGGUUUAAAAGAAACAAAAAUUGUAAACACAUUGUAGCAAGAGAUAAUCAACUGUUAGAAAAUCAUGCUCUGGCUUUUUACCAUAUCCUGGGCUAUAGAAAAACAUUCAUUUUGAAGAUUUUUAGACUGCUGUUCAUUUGAAAUCUGUUCAUCAUAUUGUGGGAUUUGUUUUUAUUUUUGUUUUUUAAAGAAAAUGUUUUUAAUUGGAUUUUUUAAGGAGUGAUGGUUGUGGUUUUACCAUAGAACCUAAGCUUCCUCUGGGUUCUUACUGUCCUCUGUAAAACUUAGUGUUGAAAUAAUCAACUUUGAGGUUUGCCCUUUCUGAUCUGCUUUAUAUUAUAAGCCCAUUAGGAAAUGGGGACCUGGUGAAUAUAUAAUGAAUUGUAAAAUAUUUUAAUGUGUAACUUUUUCAACUGUGAAACUAUGAUUAUUGGGGUUUUGGGGUUUUUUUUGUUUUUGAUGAAAACAGCUGCUGAUAAAGUAUUUUGUGUAAAGUGUAGUUUUUAUUAAUCAGGAAAACAAUGACUUGAUUGGAAUGCAAA